CGGACCUCACACAUUCUCCGUCUCGAGCGCAGCAGCAGCAACGGCUGCCGCGGACUCACUAACGUCUGUUUGUUUGUUUUUUUUAACAAGAAAAGUCGGUUUAACGGGAUGUUUUCGACUUUUUCACGCGUUUUUUUUAAAGGUUUAAAGUCUUUUGUAGUGACAGCGAGAGGCUGACGGGGGGGGAAGUUGAAUGACAAAGAAGCAGAAGGGAAAUUAACCUUAUCGUGUGUUGGAGCCGACAGACGUUAAAGGGAGCGACGGGAGGGACGUUAAUACACGAUGAGCAAGAAUCGUCUUCAGUACAGUAUGGAUCAGAACUCGUCAAAGGAGAUCAUGCUAUGGUUUAAGAUUCCUUAUCAGCGAUCUUUGGGACCUUAAUGGAUGGAUUUUGAUGAUAUCUGUUUGACUGUAGGAGAGUAUUCAAAACAAAGGAGCUGGACAGACAGACAUAGGAGGACGUUCUCCCUGCCGCAUGGACAUAAACAACACCUGACAAGUAAAAGAUAAAGAAGGAAAACACAAUCCUGGAGUGUUCUUAUCAUGUAAACAAGCAGACUGAGAGAUAGACAGCCAGAGAAAAGCAAAGUGACAACUUGAUAGAUGGUGAGAUCCCUCACACUCUCACAGGUCACAAUGCCAGACGAGUCUCAGGGUUUUCAGGAAAAGGGGAGGCCUGGAGACGAAGCGUCACAGGUGUCGGCGGUGCCAGAUAUUAUGGUGGUCUCCAGUGAUGGGAAGAGCAAAAUCACCAGAGGCAAUAAUCUGGAGCUUGACGACUUCGGUCAAUCCGCACAAAGGGGUGACGUGAACAUUUUGCAAUCAGGACUCGGUGAAUCCCAGGCUCCUGUAGAGGUGGGUGUGGCGAAAAUAGCGCAGGCCCCUGAACCUCUCAUGGCCAAUUCUUUAUUAAAGGGAACAGGUGUGACCCUGCAGGCUACAGAUCACGAUGUCCCGGUCAGCUCACCCUCUGAUAAGCUAAAAACCGACAACAGCACGAAUGGCUGCAGUGACUCUGACUACAGCAGCGCAAAAUCCAGCCCUGGAUAUGCGUGCACCAGUUUCAGCACUGACCUCUGUGAAGACGAGGUAUCCCAACUAGAUGGGGGCUCCUUAGAAAAGUCGAACCCUAUCCCCCCUGUCAAUUUCUCUGAACACACUUUAGACAAUAACACCAAAAAUAGUCCAGAUGCUAACAAAGACAUUUCCAAAAUAGACUUGACCAUUGAGCCAAAAGCAGAAAACUCAAUCGACGAUUCAUUGAAAGUCUACCAAACAAGGGACAGCAUUGAUUUCAAGUGGGACGAGAUGGAUGGAGAUGAGGACAGGCGAAGCACCCAGUCCAAGCGGACUUUGAAAGAAGACAUGUGUUGCUGCUACCAGACGAUCCACAGGGCUUUCCUGCAUUGUGUGGAAGAGACUCCAGCCAUGGUGUCUGGGCUGGUGCUGUCUUUGGCCUUCUGCGUGGUCAUCAUCAUCCUCAUCCCCACCACAAGGAAAUUUAACAACCAUGUUGCCACGCUGUCCGUGGUGUGUGUGGUUCUCUGUCUGAGUGCCGUCCUGCUCAUCUGCCUGCCCUGGCUGGCCACAGUGAGGCGCUGUGGAGGAGCCCUGGCCCUCUUUGUCUGGGGGACGCUUUACAUCACUGCCAUAGUCUACAUCUUCGAUGGAGGACCUAUCAGUACUUGGGAACAGGUGGCAUUUUUCCUCUUCCUCUCUCUGAGUGUGUACACAGUGCUGCCUCUCUCUAUGGCCUGGGCCCUCAUGGUUGGGAUUGGGACCAGUGUUUCACACAUUAUCAUCAUCAGCGUCUACGUCUCCAUCAAAAGCCCCGAGACACCAGACCUGGCUGUGCAGUUGAUAGCGAAUGCAGUGCUGUUUGUAUGUGUGAACUGUGUUGGGAUUUUCCACCUGUGGAUGACCGAGCACGAUCUGAGGCUCUCCAAUCAGAAGAGAGAAAAGUUCGGUGCCAUACGCUCCCAGAAGGAAUUAAAGAAAUAUCAGCAGGAGCAGCUCCUCCUGUCCGUGUUGCCACGGUACAUUGCUAUGGAGCUGAAAACGGAGGUGAUAAAGAGGCUAUCCAAGCCCAACAGCAAGGAGGAGAAUGAGUCCAGCUUCCACAACUUUCACAGCCUGUACAUACGGCAGCACAAAGAUGUCAGCAUCCUGUAUGCAGACAUUGUAGGCUUCACAAAGCUGGCGAGUUCCUGCACACCAGAGGAGCUGGUUGCUGUGCUCAACAAGCUCUUUGGCAGAUUCGAUGACAUUGCCAAGAAGAAUGGGUGUCUUCGCAUUAAGAUCUUGGGUGACUGCUACUACUGCGUAUCUGGUCUGCCUGACCCCAUCCCCACCCACGCCAGCAACUGUGUUCAGAUGGGAUUGGACAUGUGCACUGCUAUCAGUAAGCUACAAGAGGCGACGGGAGUGGAGAUCAGCAUGCGAGUGGGUGUUCACACCGGUAACGUGCUGAGUGGUGUGAUCGGCUUGCAGAAGUGGCAGUACGAUGUGUGGUCACAUGACGUUACUUUAGCCAAUCACAUGGAGUCUGGAGGUCUUCCUGGGCGAGUUCAUAUCACAGAGGAGACGCUGCAGCACUUGAACGGAGCGUACCAAGUGGAGGAGGGCAACGGGGGGAGUCGGGAUCCUCUUCUUACAGGAAGAAAAACCUACCUGGUGAUUGACCCCCACGAGCCAAACAGCAUCUCUAGGAGAUCUCAGUUGGCAAACAAUCUCACAUCAGGAGAGACCAACCAACGGGCGUCAAUCAAGAUGUCUCAGUACCUGCAGUCCUGGAGGACGAUCCACCCGUUUGCAGAUCUAAGCAACCCAGGUGGCAAACCAUCCAAGAAGUCAAUCAUCCCCAAAAGGACUGUCAGGAACCAAUCGCAGCUGCCUGCAGAAAGCCCACCACAACAGAACAGUAACACCUGGUUGGUCGUAGAUAACGGUGUUCGGGGAUCACUGGACACAAUUGACACUGCAGGGAGGAGAUUGAAGAAGCUCAACUGUUUGACUCUGCUGUUCAACGACCUGAGCCUGGAGAAAGAGUUCCGCUUUUCAGAGGUAAAGGGUUUACACCAGUCAAUAAGCUGCGUAGCUAUGAUCUUCGUCACUCUUUUCACCGUCCAGAUGCUCGUCUCUAAAAAGAACUUUGAGAUGGCUGUGUCAUACGGUGCGACCUUCCCUGUGCUGGUGCUGCUUAUGUCCAUCGCUUUCACUGGAUACUUGGCGAAGUGGCGUUCGAAGAUGCCGCUGGGUGUUCAGUGGAUAUCUGGACUGUCCCGAGGUGUCUCCACCCGGGCGGCGCUGCGAGUGUUUGUGGUCACACUCUGUCUGCUCAUCGUCCUGCUGAUGGCGUUCCUCAACUUUAUCUUCCUCCCAGGAAACAACUGCACGUCAAUUACCAACAAGACAGAGCUGGAGAAUCUCAAACUCUACACUGUGCCUUACUACCUGUACUGCUGCCUGCUGGCCAUGCUGGGAGUGAUCGUGUUCGUCAGGACGUGCAUGUCUGUGAAGACGCUGCUGCUCACCUUGGCUGUGGUCGUUUACCUCGCCCUCUUCCUCCACGUUUACGCCCCCAGGUCCACCUGCCUCGUUAACCUGCUUUACAACGACACCAGCAUCUACAGACCCGGAGUGCUGAAGGACCCUCAGAUCAUGUCCGGGAUUUGGCUCGUCAUCUUUUACAUCGUGUGCCUCAUACUGGCCAGACAGGAUGAGCUGGGUAGCCGCGUAGGCUUCCUGUUGGAGUGUUGUUUCAAGACGGAGAGGGAAGAGAUGGAGACCAUGGAGAACGUUAAUAAGCUCCUCCUUCAGAACGUGCUGCCGCUCCAUGUUGCCUCCUUCUUCAUGGGCAAAACUAUUCGCAACCAGGACCUGUACAGUCAGUCCUAUGACUGUGUGUGUGUGAUGUUCGCCUCUGUGCCUCAGUUCAAAGAGUUCUACAGCGAGAGCAGCGCCAACAGGGACGGUCUGGAGUGCUUGCGCUUCCUCAACGAGAUUAUAUCAGACUUUGAUGAGCUUCUCUCUAAACCCAAAUUCUGUUCAGUGGAGAAGAUUAAGACCAUCGGCAGUACGUACAUGGCUGCUGCAGGGUUGACGCACUCGCCUGUAGGGGACGAACAAAAGAAAGUCGAAAUGUCCUACAGUCAUGUGCGCGCCAUGGUGGAGUUUGCCAUCGCUCUGAUGGGCAAACUGGAGCUAAUCAACACUCAUUCUUUUAACAGCUUCAAACUCAGAAUCGGAAUAAACCACGGUCCAGUGAUUGCAGGAGUGAUCGGAGCUCAUAAACCUCAGUAUGACAUCUGGGGGAACUCCGUGAACGUGGCCAGCAGGAUGGACAGCACAGGGGUGUUGGACAAGAUACAGGUAACGGAGGAGACAGCCCGGAUGGUGGAAAGCGUGGGACACAGCGUCACUCUCAGAGGAGUGGUCAACGUCAAGGGCAAAGGGGAGCUCACCACUUACUUUGUCAACACGGACCAAUCCUCUCCUCCGUUCUGACCUUCACAGGCUUAAGCUUAUCAGUCAGACCUGGAUCCAGACAUUCGCAGCAAACGCUCGUUAGCUUUUCUUCGGUCGGUCUGUGAACUGUUGCAACUAACCUGACGCCACAUGAGUCAUUAUGGCCGCCCACGGAGGAAAACACAAUCAGUGGCAAAGACUUGAGAACAGACCUGCACUCAUCAGGAGCGUCUGCACUGAGCUAACAUUGAAACAGAUGUAGCAAUACAGGGAAUCCCCCUGUUAGCGUUACAUCUGUGGAGGAGCUGCCUUUGUCUUCCGGAUGAGACACUAAAUAAAAUCCUGACCGGUUAAAUGAAGACGACAACUGGCAACUGCAAAAACAUGUUGCUUAUUGUAUCUGUACUGUAUACUGCACACUUCUCACUGAAUUGUUUUUUGUUUUUCCUGGUACAUUUAAUAUGGCUGAAUGGUGUUCAUGUGCAAUUAAUUUAUUAAAAAGAAGAUAAGGUGUCCAUUUUAGAUGUACCAAAGAUUAGUAUAGUUUUGAUGAAGGAUGAUGUAGAAGUAGCGUUUGCCUCAAACACGUUUUGCAGUUCAUUUUAGGUUAUUUACCAUGUUUUUUACUCUCCAUUGUGGUUUACAAAACAGCAUUUUUGAACGUGUUACAUGUUGGAAAAACAGGGCUGUGUUUUUAUAUAGUCUGCGCUUUUAUUGUGAAAUCCUGGAUAGACACCCUAUUACACCUAAAGAGAAUGAUUCACAUGAAACUGUCUGGGUUCCCACACUCCUUAAACAUGUAUGUGUGAGUAGAAGCUUGUUAUUUCGGGUGUCACAAAGACAUUUUUACUGCAGCCAUGUUCAUGAAAAAUAAUGAUUUCCUCGUUCACUGUGGCCCAGAGCUGACACUAGAUACUGUACAUACAUGUCUGCACGCAGGCAUAAUGAUGUGUUGUGCCACGAAACGUCAGAUACAACACAUUUGACAUUUGCACUUUCUAAAAUGUUGUCUUUCUUAAAGGGAGUUCUGCAUUACAAUCCAAAGUUGAUAGCACACAGAAUAUUUCCCCUUUUCUUUUGAGUGUAUAUUUCUGUGAGGGAUGAUGUGAAGCUUGAAUGUAUUAAAAAAAAGAUGUUCAGCAUA